AAUAUCAUAUUCAAUGUUUUUUCAAUUCAAUCAAAUUCAAAGUUUUGACAAAUUUUGUCAAAGAAAGUUCCACAUGUUGUGAACGAACGGUACUGGUUCUUGUUGUUUACAAAAAAGAAAUAACUUAAUUUUAGCAAUAAAAUAGACUUGGAAAGUUUGUAACAUGAGUCAGAUUUUGAAUAAGGUCCGUGAUGUUGACCCAAAUAAUUCCGAGGCUGUUAAGGAUGCAUUGUCGGGCUUCUUCCAAAAUCUUAACAAGCACACACACUUGGACUGCAUCAGAUGGCUGCGCACUUUAGAAAGCAUUAUUACCCGAUUCCCAAAAUAUUGUAUGUCACAUAGAAACACAACGGAAACAUAUUUGAGUUAUUUUUUGGACAAUAAGAACUAUUUCUAUGUACUUGAGGCAGCAAAAUGUGGUCAUGCACUUCAACAAGUGCGGCCACCUCAAGAAAAAGCAGCUACAGCUAAAAGUUGCUGGCGUGAUGUGAUGAAUGCUCUUUGCAAUUCAAUACACACAUUGCUUGGUAGCAUAUUCCCAAGUGUUGUUGAUUUGUAUAAUGGCAGUUCUGAGAAUGAAGAACCACAGAUUACAAAUUCACCAUUACUAUUGGCACUUUCCAACAUAAACACAGUCAAACAUGUAGACAAGGGUGUAGACAAGCAGGCCCUCCUUUGCACCAGACUCAGAAAUGUAUUUGUUUUUAUUCAAGCAAUGCUUGUGGAAAUAUAUCCAGUAGCAAAACCUGUUCAACCACAGACAAUACUAGAAGCGUUAGUACGUGCACUAAGUGUAGUGCCAAACAGUGCGAGUAAUGUCGACAUCACAACAAUCAAAAUACAGGCUUUGAGGACUGUUGAUGCUCUGAUUGCAUGUCUCGGCUCACAUUUGAUUCCUUUCUCUGCACUGGUGAUCAGUUUUGUGAUGCAAACACUCAAGUGGACUGCCGAACAUUCUGGUAAUGAAUCAAGCAAAGUUCGAUGCACAGCAUACAGCACAUUGACCAGAUGGCUGGGUAUUCUCCACGCGCACCGCUCCGCUAGCGACAGAGGCCGCUGCUGGGAGGACGAACUCGCCAAACACAUCGCCGAUGACGUCACUCCUGUCAAACACGUCGUGCAGCUCACUAUGAGUACACAGCCGACAAAGAAUUUGAGUAAGAAAGCUCGAAAGAGACUAGCCAACUCUAUGCUACAAGGGAGUGGUAUCGCAUCGCACAUGCCUGGAGAAAAGAAUAAAGUUGUAGUAUCCGCGGAUAUGAAUGAUGAAGUCGCGAUAUCAGCGUUAGAAUGCGCGGAAACUUUUCUUAUCGUUUGCGGGGUGUUCCUCAAACCAAGCACUCAUAAGCUGUUCCAAGAGCGCCUGGUCCGCGAAUGUUUCUCGCUAGAGUCGUAUUCGAGCGAGCGAGCGUUAUCUCUACUUCGAGCGCUGGAAGCUUCUAGAAAAACUUCGCCGUCGACCGUGGCGCCACCUACACAGUACUGCUUGCAACUCUACAGUGUACUGGUCAAUUCUCAACAAAGAGAGAUAUCAAAAUUCAGCUCCCAAGCGUUGCUGGACAUUCGCUUGCAUCUCCACUGUUCGCCGCCGUCCAUCAACUUCGCCCUAGAAGCGUCUGAUGACAAACAGAAGCGAGCCGAAGCGAAGAAGACCAGAAUGCUGCAGAGGAAUAAGGCCGCUUUGGAUGCCUUUUUAGGGAACAGGGAAUCGGCUGAAAAUACAAACGACGUAAUCACAAUACCAGAUGAACCGACAAACAAGAAACCAAGGUUUGACGAAGAUAUAACAGACAAAAUAAGCGUAAGCAGUGACUCUGUCAGUUCCGUGGAAAUUAGGGAUGAUUCUGAUGAAGAAGUCGAAUUAGUUCAUGAAAAUGAUAAAGUAAAUGAAAGCAAUGAAGGCACACUAGAAAUUGAUGUAGUUGGAUUUAACGGUGAAGAAACACAAGCUUCACCUAAAUCUAUAGACAAAGGCAUUGAAAGUUAUAAAGAAGCAGCCAAUAUUUCAGAUGAUGUAGUCGAUUCGGUCGAAACUACAGAAAUUAAUGCGGCUAAUGAAGAUUCUUCGAAAAGCUAUGAAAAGUGCGCUACAUCCCAAGAAAAAGAUAAUAUUUACGAAGCCACAACUCAACUGCCUAUUAAUAAUUCAAAUGAAACAAUGGAAGAAGACAUGCCCUCAUCUAUAGAAAUAAUUUACGAUUUACCGACUACAGGAAAAGAAGUACCAGUUUUAGAAAAGAUGGAAGACGAAAAUCUUCCAAGUACAAACGACACUGACGAUAUACAAAUUACUUGCGGGCAAGUGGUCAAGUAUUCACAGGAGGAUAGUGGGAAAACUAAAGAGAUUGAAGUAGAAAUUCCCAAAGUAAAUGGGACUAAAUCUCCAGAGAAAACAGAUCCGGAAGUUAUAAUAAAAGUAGCUACAUCUAACGAUAAAACUACUAUAGACGAUAUGUUAGCGGAUUUUGUUGAUGAAGUUGUAGAUGAAAGUACAGUUUAAGUACCGUAUUUCAAUGCAUUUGCGCGCCAACUUGAUAAGCUGUAAGCAGAAGUCAUAGAUUUAAGUUUAAAUUCUUUUCUAUAUGAUGUUAUUCAUCUUUAUAAAUGGCAGGACGGACAUUGUUACUAUAAUUUAAUACAGAAUUAAUAAAUGAUUCAUUCGUA